UGUCGGGGCUCCGACAAUCUUUAAAUUUUUACUAAAAAUAUCCCCCAAAAAAAAUUCAAAGGCCGUUUGCUUUUUGAAAUUUCCAUGGCGGAUGAAAAGGAGAUCAUCGACUUUUGUAGCUCCGAUGAAGAAGAAGAAGAAGAAAACAAUAAUGAUGGAGAUACCAGUGAAGAAGAAGAACAAGAACAAGAACAAGAACAAGAACAAGAACAAGAUGAUGAUGGAGAGGAAGAAGAAGAUGAUCGGAGCUUGAGUGGAGAUGAUAGCGAAUGGAGUGAAGAUGACUCCACGGAUUCAGAUUCGGACUUCGAUGAUGACGACGAUGAAGAUGAAGAUGAGGAAGAGGAUGAUGAAGACAAAGACUCUCUUGUAGAUAAAGUCACUCGCUUGCUCAAGGGUUUAUCACUUUAGGGUUUAUGAAUCUUGAUUACUUCCUUUUGUAUAAAUUAAAUCUCUCGUUGAGCUUCUAUGGAUUAAUUAUUAUAAUUAUGUAACGAUUGAUUAAUAAGCAUUUCUUGUCUAACUCUCAUUGUUUGUAGCAUAUCUUGAAGCAUUUAAAGUACAGAGCUUAAUCUUAAAGAGUAAUUUACGAUUAGUUUAGCUGAACACAAAACCAGUUUGUAUAAUUGUAUUAAAAUUAGUUUUUUCUGAGCAUUGCAGCAAUUUUAGUAUGCUUUAGCUAUGUUGUUAGUUCUUUUUAUGUUUUUGCAUUGUCCUAAGAGAAACUUCUCUAUUUUGUCUGCAUAUAUGUCUACAUUCAGGGGUGGCCUUUGGUUAAACCCCAACAAGUAGGUGGUUGACUGGACUUAUGACAAAAGUUAGUUGUGGUGUAGUUGUUUAGGUUGCUUAAGGGUGAGAAGUUCAACCUACAUUACAUGCAUGUUCAUCUGUUCUUUUUUUUUUUUCAAAGAAGAGUUUGUUAAAUAAUAUUAUUUUUUUUGCUUUAGGCUGAGAAAUACAUUGGGCU